AUGCUAAAAUGGGCAAUUGAGCUGAAUGCAUUUGACAUCUCAUAUGAACCGCGAAAGGCUAUCAUGGGACAAGCAUUUGUCGAUUUCAUUGCAGAAAUGACGAGGCCUACUUUUGAGAAGAACGUGGCGACCCGUUGGACGGUAUAUGUAGAUAAGUCGUCCACCCAGAACGGAUGUGGAGCCGGCAUAAUAUGUCAAUCCCCUGAAGGAGACAAGUACGAGUACGCCAUGAGGUUUAACUUCCAAACUUCAAACAAUGAGGCUGAAUAUGAAGCUUUGCUAGCCGGCAUAAAAAUGUGCAAAGCCGCCGGAGCUCAAGAGAUACUUGCUCUUUCUGAUUCACAGCUCAUUGUAAGUCAAGUAAACGGAGACUACGAGGCAAGAGAUCCCAACAUGAUCAAAUACAUGCAAGCUGUGCGUCAAGAAAUAGAACAUUUGAAGAGUUUCGAAGCUAAGCAAAUUCCCAGAACAGAGAACAAUCAGGCCGAUGCCCUGUCUAAACUAGCUAGCUCGGCUUCCUAUGACACUCCACGUCAUGUGUUUUGGGAAGUGAAAGAAAGACGAAGCAUUGAACAAGAGUUGUGCACUCCUGUGGUAGCCAUACUUGGCCGGUCAUCAACUUGGAUGGCCCCCAUCAUUGCAUAUAAGGUAGAGGACUCACUUCCAGACGACCCAAGCCUAGCCGCCAAAAUUCAAAAGAGAAGUUCUUGGUUUGAAUGGUGGAAUGGAGUUUUGUAUAAAAAGUCAUUUUCCAGACCCCUCUUGCGGUGCGUUACUCCUGAGAAGGGGAAAGAAAUUAUGGACGACCUGCAUCAAGGAUUGUGUAGCUCUCUUAUUGGAGGACGAGCUUUAGCUGAAAAAGCCCUGCGAACUGGUUAUUACUGGCCCACUUUGAGAGAAGACGCUCUGGCCAUGGUGCAGAAGUGUGACAAGUGCCAACGAUUUGCGCAUCUCAUUCACCGGCCGUCUCACCCUCUCACCCCUAUCAUGAGCCCCAUUCCUUUUGCCAAGUGGGGAAUGGAUCUAUUGGGACCAUAUACAGCAGCCCCUGGAGGCCGGCGCUACGUGAUUGUAGUCGUUGACUACUUCACUAAGUGGGUAGAAGCAGAAGCCCUCAAGAAUAUAAGGACUAGUGAUGUAAGGGAAUUUAUCUGGAAAAAUAUUAUGACUCGCUUCGGAAUACCACAAGCUAUCGUCUUUGACAAUGGGCCUCAGUUUGAGACGCCUAAGCUGAAGGAGUGGUUAGCAGACCACGACAUACACAUUUUCUUUGCCUCUGUAGGACGACCUCAAGCCAAUGGCCAGGUCGAAGCAUUUAACAAGAUAAUCUCCGAGGGGAUAAAAAAGAAGCUAGAUGAAGCUAAAGCCUAUGGUGCCGAGGCCGUACUGCCCAUAGAGAUGUGUGAACCUACACUAAGAGUCAUGUUAUAUGACGAGAAUGCCAAUUGGGAAAUGAUGAAGUUGGCCCUGGAUUUUUUACCCGAAGUAAGAGGAAAUGCGGCAUUGAGGAAACAUUUGUACAAGAUAAGGAUGGCGAGGGAGUACAACAAGAAAGUCUCUAAAAGAGUGCUCAAGAUUGGGGACUUUGUUCUCCGAAAAAUGGAGUCUGUGUGA